AUGCUUAAACUCGCGGCUCUAUUGCUGCUCGCCGGCUCCGCCGCAGCCCAACACGGUACCGUUGGACGGCCGUGUGAGGUGUCGACGGACUGUGGUACCGGAAACUAUUGCGCUGGAAAUAAGCGUUGCGCUUGUCUAACCACAUAUGUUGAAAUUGAUUCGUACUGUUGGAGAAAAAUCAAUCCCGGAGAGUCUGGAUGCACUCAAAACCGUCAAUGCGAAGCCGUGUGGCCAGGAGCCUACUGUAGAUCUGGAGAGUGUCGUUGUGCGAACAAUCAGCCACCGUUCCGUACCCGUGACGGUCUCGUUUGUCUGAAUUACGGAUUCUGUCCAUUGAACGGAAACAAUCCAAAGUUCCGUAUUGAGAAUCAGGUUCAACAGUGUUAUGGUGGAGCUGAUGCCACGUGUGAAGCCAUCGGAGCGUUGGCUUAUGAUUGCAUCUGUGAUUCGGAUGAUUGCACAGUCAACAAUCCAAUCAGUUUCUGUUGUCCAUCGCGUGCCUUUGCUUGUAUUCAACCACCAAAUGAGGGAUACACUCCACCAGGUGGUGGUACUACUUUGAACCAUUGGUACCAUGACCCAAUUACCGGAGAGUGCAGAGAAUUGAAGUAUCAAGGAUACGGUGGAAAUGCCAACAACUUCCAGACCAAGGACCAUUGUGAAUCCUAUUGUAAACAGACCUGCAAUCGUGGUCUUCCACUCUACCGUGACCGUACCACCGGUGUCAAACAAGAGCCAGUCUAUUGUCAAGGAAACGACAACGGAUGUAACAACCCGAACUACCAGUGUACCACCAUGGGUACACUUCAACAAUGCUGCCCAACAUACUGUACGUUUUUGGGA